GGGGGGGGGGAGGAGGAGAGAGGAGAAAGGAGAAAAGAGUGCAGGCUUUUUGUAGAACGUCCCUUGUGAAGGUAGACGGUUCGAGAUCUCUUGAGACAAACGAAUUCUCUGUGAAUGUGUGAAUGUGCAAGACUAUGUCUUGCACAUUCCAUAUAUGGUGGUGUCUCUAUGAAUGAGCAAGACCAUGUCUUGCACAUUCCAUAUAUGGUGGUGGGGCUAUGUAUCACCAUAGGUGCAGGUUAGUGGAAGCUGAUCAUAGAACGUCCCUGGUGAAGGUAGACGAUGACACCCCGGUUGGAGGGAGACCUCUUGAGAACAGAAACAAACCUUAGUUGCGGGGACUAUGCCUUAUACAUUCCAUAUAUGGUAGAGGGGCUAUGUGUCUGCUCAGGUGCGGGUGCUAUGCCGAGCACAUUUCCCAUUGUAGAGGGGCUUUGUACACAUUUGUUCUGUUCCCGAUAUAUCAAGCCCGGGAAAAAAUAGUGGAAGAAUUUGGACACGGAUGAGUUUGGGCGCUCCCGUAGUGGUCUGUUCGCCAGCUCGCACUUGUAGUGACCUAGGAAGGAACUGAAGGUGAUGCUUAGUACGGUUCGUCAGAGUGUUUGAUAAUGAGUUUGCUUAGUUUCUGUAUACAAGGCCUGGGUGUUUCGACACUGUUUGACCGGAGAUUUCUCUUCAACUUAUACACAUGCGUUCUAUUGGAUGGCAGGGGGUCGGCUGUGUCAUCUUAAUUCUAAGAGGUCGAGGCUGCCAUAGAGAAGGAGUGUGUGCUGCUGCGAAGGAGGAUGGUUAACGAGUCAGACACAGUAGCACUGACAGGCAGGGCUAAUUUCUGGAUGCUGGACAGAAAUUGCUGACAGAGGAGGAUAAAGGUGGCAGAGGGCAGGGGAGGUCUCUGCAAGGAAAGCGGGUGGUGCAUCUUGCCUUGCCACAGGCGUUGACUGUGAUCUAGGGAUCUGAGAAGGAUAUGUUGUCGAACUAUGGUGCUUUUGGACAUUUGUAUAGGAAGACGGAAAGCGAGUAGAUGGAAAGAGAGGGCCAAGGAGGAGAGGCUUUCUCUGGCCGUUUUGUGAUCGGUCAACUCUAUGACAGUACUACGUUGUUCUCUCUUGACUGUGCAGACAUCCUGUUUGUUCGAAUGGGAGGACAGUGAUAUGGAAGAAAACAGUCAGAGGACAGGGAAGCUUGUCAUUACCGAGACGACAAAAAGAAGUCCAGAUAAGGCUGUUGGCGAUAGCCCUUUGGUUACUACGCCACCGAAGCAAACUAGGAAAGGGAACAUACGUCCCGUGAAGCUGUCUACAAGACUGCAGGCUAGUGUGACCAAGAACACAGUGAACUUGGAGAAGAAGAAGAAGAAGAAGAAGAAGAAGAAGAAGAAGAAGAAGAAGAAGCAGAAGAAGAAGACACCUCCUAGAUUCACACCUAGGAUGGGUACGCGGAGAAUGAAGAUUCCAGCGAAACCGAGCUCAGGCGUACGAGCGAAGUACGUGGGUGAUCACAUGCGUGAGCUUGCCGAGCAUCACGCUGACGAUCUUAAGUGGAUCUGCAGGGAAAAAGUAGUGCAGUAUGAGAAUACGGUGAAGGCCGUGAUUAACAUCAACGAGAAGUGGGGUUGAAAGGAGACUUAAGACACGAAAGGGAUCGAGGAUGCCAUGGAGUAUGAUGAGGAAGUAUAGACUAGGAACUACUAUUGAAGAAUCUGAAGACGCCGAGGAUGAUGAAUGAAUACCUUGGCAAGGGGUGAGAGUUUGGUCAUUUUGUAACUGGUUGGUCCAAAAUUCUCCAAAUUAACAUAAGAUUUCGAAAUUCGAUAGCACAGUCAGAUUGCUUUAUCGGUCAUUCGUUGUCCUGUUAGGCGUAACAAGACAGGGUAGAUGGCUUGUUAAAUGCACAGAAACUUGGAUUCUAGUGUAUGUGCUUUUUGGGAAGUACACUAGAGAUUUUCUGAAUCAAGAUAAUCUAGUGUA